GGUCGCUGUAGAGGAGGUGCCAGAGGUGCUCGUUGCACUGGCGCUGGUGCUGGUCGUAGUGAGAGUGACGGUGGUCAAUGAUGCUGACGUGCUACUUGUACCACUCGUGCUACUCAUUGACGAUGCCGUCGUGGUGUGCGGCGUCGUAGUGCUGCUUAGCGUACUGGUGCUGCUAAUCGUAGUGCUGAAUGACCCUGACGUGGCUGUCCGCGUUGUGCUGCUGCUCGCUGUCUCUGAAAUACUCGUCGUCGAAGUGCCGCUUGUGCUUGAAGCGGUCCUCGUCCUAGUUGCACUGGUGCUUGUAGUGGUCGUAGUGAGGGUGGCGGUGGUCGCAGUGGUGGUCUGGGUUGCACUGGAGCUGGUAAUGGUGAUGGUAGAACUUUCGGAGAUGCUGGUUGCACUGGCGCUGGUCGCUGUGGUGGUGGUUGUGCUCGUCACGGUCAAUGUGUUCGAACUUUCGGUUGUGCUCUCGGUGGUGUCACUGGCACUGGUCACUGCCAUCGAGCUUUCCGGGGAACUCGUCUCGCUGGUACUCGUAAGGGUGCUGGUGUUAGUCGUCGCACUGAUGAUGCGUUCGGUCGUUCUAGUCACACUGGUGCUACUGCUAGCGGUCAUGGAGCCUGAAGACAUGCUGCUUGCGCUCGUGAGCGAGACGGUGGUCGCCGUAAUACUCACUGUCGUCACUGUGUGCGUGAUCAUACUGCUCAUACUGCUCGCUGUCGUCGAAGUUGCCGCUUGUGCUUGAAGUGGUCCUCGUCCUAGUUGCACUGGUGCUUGUAGUGGUCGUAGUGAGGGUGGCGGUGGUCGCAGUGGUGGUCUGGGUUGCACUGGAGCUGGUAAUGGUGAUGGUAGAACUUUCGGAGAUGCUGGUUGCACUGGCGCUGGUCGCUGUGGUGGUGGUUGUGCUCGUCACGGUCAAUGUGUUCGAACUUUCGGUUGUGCUCUCGGUGGUGUCACUGGCACUGGUCACUGCCAUCGAGCUUUCCGGGGAACUCGUCUCGCUGGUACUCGUAAGGGUGCUGGUGUUAGUCGUCGCACUGAUGCUGCGUUCGGUCGUUCUAGUCACACUGGUGCUACUGCUAGCGGUCAUGGAGCCUGAAGACAUGCUGCUUGCGCUCGUGAGCGAGACGGUGGUCGCCGUAACACUCACUGUCGUCACCGUGUGCGUGAUCAUACUGCUCAUACUGGCGCUGGUCGUGGCGGUCGUGUCUGAGCCUGUCACGGUCCCAGUAACACUGGUGAGUGUGAGCCUGGUGCUGGAAGUACUGGCGCUGGUGAUUGACGUGGUUUCUGUGCUCGUCACGGUCGUUGUAGAGAACACUGUGGCGCUCGCAGACACGGUGGCGGUCUCUGUUUUGCUCAUUGUGGUGGUCCAACUUGCACUGGUUAGUGUGACAGUGGAGCUUUCCGAAACAGUGGUCAUACUGGCGCUGGUCGCAACGGUGGUGACUGUGCUCGUCCCAGUCGAAAUUGUGGAACUCUCGGUGGUGCUCCCCGUGGUGUUCUCUGUGGUGCUGGUCACCGUCACGGAGCCAGAAGAAGAACUGGUUGCGCUCGUGCUCAUUGUGGUGGUCCCAGUUGCACUGGUCAGUGUGACAGUGGAGCUUUCCGAAACAGUGGUCAUACUAGAGCUGGUUGCUAGGGUGGUGACUGUGCUCGUCCCAGUCGAAAUAGUGGAACUCUCGGUGGUGCUCCCCGUGGUCUCUGUGGUGCUGGUCACCGUCAUGGAGCCAGAAGAAGAACUGGUUGCACUGGUGCUUGUCAACGUGACAGUGUCGCUCUCGGAGAUGGUGGUCAUACUGGCGCUUGUCACUGACGUGGUUUCUGUGCUCGCCACGGUCGUUGUAGAGAUCACUACGGCGCUCGCAGACACGGUGGUGGUCUCGGUAUUGCUCAUUGUGGUGGUCCCACUUGCACUGGUUAGUGUGACAGUGGAGCUUUCCGAAACAGUGGUCAUACUGGUGCUGGUCGCAAUGGUGGUGCCUGCGCUCGUCCCAAUCGAAACGGUAGAACUCUCGGUGGUGCUCCCCGUGGUGUUCUCUGUGGUGCUGGUCACCGUCACGGAGCCAGAAGAAGAACUGGUUGCGCUCAUGCUCACUGUGGUGGUCCCAGUUGCACUGGUCAGUGUGACAGUGGAGCUUUCCGAAACAGUGGUCAUACUAGAGCUGGUUGCUAGGGUGGUGACUGUGCUCGUCCCAGUCGAAAUAGUGGAACUCUCGGUGGUGCUCCCCGUGGUCUCUGUGGUGCUGGUCACCGUCAUGGAGCCAGAAGAAGAACUGGUUGCACUGGUGCUUGUCAACGUGACCGUGUCGCUCUCGGAAAUGGUCGUCAUACUGGCGCUGGUGAUUGACGUGGUUUCUGUGCUCGCCACGGUCGUUGUAGAGAUCACUACGGCGCUCGCAGACACGGUGGUGGUCUCGGUAUUGCUCAUUGUGGUGGUCCCACUUGCACUGGUUAGUGUGACAGUGGAGCUUUCCGAAACAGUGGUCAUACUGGUGCUGGUCGCAGUGGUGGUGCCUGCGCUCGUCCCAAUCGAAACGGUAGAACUCUCGGUGGUGCUCCCCGUGGUGUUCUCUGUGGUGCUGGUCACCGUCACGGAGCCAGAAGAAGAACUGGUUGCGCUCAUGCUCAUUGUGGUGGUCCCAGUUGCACUGGUCAGUGUGACAGUGGAGCUUUCCGAAACAGUGGUCAUACUAGAGCUGGUUGCUAGGGUGGUGACUGUGCUCGUCCCAGUCGAAAUAGUGGAACUCUCGGUGGUGCUCCCCGUGGUCUCUGUGGUGCUGGUCACCGUCAUGGAACCAGAAGAAAAACUGGUUGCACUGGUGCUUGUCAACGUGACCGUGUCGCUCUCGGAAAUGGUCGUCAUACUGGCGCUGGUGAUUGACGUGGUUUCUGUGCUCGCCACGGUCGUUGUAGAGAUCACUACGGCGCUCGCAGACACGGUGGUGGUCUCGGUAUUGCUCAUUGUGGUGGUCCCACUUGCACUGGUUAGUGUGACAGUGGAGCUUUCCGAAACAGUGGUCAUACUGGUGCUGGUCGCAGUGGUGGUGCCUGCGCUCGUCCCAAUCGAAACGGUAGAACUCUCGGUGGUGCUCCCCGUGGUGUUCUCUGUGGUGCUGGUCACCGUCACGGAGCCAGAAGAAGAACUGGUUGCGCUCAUGCUCAUUGUGGUGGUCCCAGUUGCACUGGUCAGUGUGACAGUGGAGCUUUCCGAAACAGUGGUCAUACUAGAGCUGGUUGCUAGGGUGGUGACUGUGCUCGUCCCAGUCGAAAUAGUGGAACUCUCGGUGGUGCUCCCCGUGGUCUCUGUGGUGCUGGUCACCGUCAUGGAGCCAGAAGAAGAACUGGUUGCACUGGUGCUUGUCAACGUGACCGUGUCGCUCUCGGAAAUGGUCGUCAUACUGGCGCUGGUGAUUGACGUGGUUUCUGUGCUCGCCACGGUCGUUGUAGAGAUCACUACGGCGCUCGCAGACACGGUGGUGGUCUCGGUAUUGCUCAUUGUGGUGGUCCCACUUGCACUGGUUAGUGUGACAGUGGAGCUUUCCGAAACAGUGGUCAUACUGGUGCUGGUCGCAGUGGUGGUGCCUGCGCUCGUCCCAAUCGAAACGGUAGAACUCUCGGUGGUGCUCCCCGUGGUGUUCUCUGUGGUGCUGGUCACCGUCACGGAGCCAGAAGAAGAACUGGUUGCGCUCAUGCUCAUUGUGGUGGUCCCAGUUGCACUGGUCAGUUGUGACAGUGGAGCUUUCCGAAACAGUGGUCAUACUGGUGCUGGUCGCAGUGGUGGUGCCUGCGCUCGUCCCAAUCGAAACGGUAGAACUCUCGGUGGUGCUCCCCGUGGUGUUCUCUGUGGUGCUGGUCACCGUCACGGAGCCAGAAGAAGAACUGGUUGCGCUCAUGCUCAUUGUGGUGGUCCCAGUUGCACUGGUCAGUGUGACAGUGGAGCUUUCCGAAACAGUGGUCAUACUAGAGCUGGUUGCUAGGGUGGUGACUGUGCUCGUCCCAGUCGAAAUAGUGGAACUCUCGGUGGUGCUCCCCGUGGUCUCUGUGGUGCUGGUCACCGUCAUGGAGCCAGAAGAAGAACUGGUUGCACUGGUGCUUGUCAACGUGACAGUGUCGCUCUCGGAGAUGGUGGUCAUAUUGGCGCUUGUCACUGACGUGGUUUCUGUGCUCGCCACGGUCGUUGUAGAGAUCACUACGGCGCUCGCAGACACGGUGGUGGUCUCGGUAUUGCUCAUUGUGGUGGUCCCACUUGCACUGGUUAGUGUGACAGUGGAGCUUUCCGAAACAGUGGUCAUACUGGCGCUGGUCACUGACGUGGUUUCUGUGCUCGUCACGGUCGUUGUAGAGAUCACUGUGGCGCUCGCAGACACGGUGGCGGUCUCUGUAUUGCUCAUUAUGGUGGUCCCAGUUGUACUGGUCAGUGUGACAGUG